AUGUUCUGGCCUGAUCAAAAGUCGUUGAGCGACCUAGGUCUCGUUGGGAUUGACAAGGAAUUAGAAGAGUAUCAUGAUCAAAACAAUUCUGCUACUACAGCAGACGAUGAGGGGCUCUGCGAUAAUCCCCAAAGUCAAGAGCGGCCGAAACAAAGUCGACCAAAAACGCAGGCUAGAGAGACUUCGCCACAAUGGUUCACGACACCACAAUCAAUAAGGCGCCUCUUCGAUAAAUUCCCUUUACGGAUAUACUCUCUCAAUGAGCUCCCACAGCGGUCACCACGAAACCGCGAAAAUAAUACCCUCUGGAUCUUUACGACGAACGAAGGUGCCCAGCUUGGCGCACCAUCUUUCAACCCUGGUUGUUUGAAAUGGCAGGCCUACAUGAUCUUCAAGGGCAUUGAUUUCGUCACGAUAUCUUCGAAUAACCAUGCAUCACCGACUGGAGCUCUUCCCUUCCUCCUACCGGCGUCAAGCACCAAGAAUCCCCUGGAAGCUGUUCUCCCAAUCCCUUCGACCCGCAUCGAACGCUGGGUACGCGAGAAGAAGGUCAAUACAGAAAAGACUGGCAGGCCUUCAGAUGAAGGAUUGGAAGCAAGAAAUCAGCAUGUAGAGGCUAGUGUCUCGACGAAACAGAAAUCCAUCUCCAAAGAGUCUUUAGAUAUGCGCUACGAAGCUUACAUGUCCCUGCCCAACUACCGGAUUCGCAACGCCUACGUAGGUCCCAUCUCCAUUCCUCACGAAAUCGUUGAAAUAACAGCCAUGCGCUCCCAGCUCUAUUCGCUCUACCUUUCUCCUCCAAACUUCGCAUCCAUUGUCCUUCCACUCUACGUCAAUCCUAGUACUUCAAACACUCUGGCCCGAGUCGCUCUCUCCCAUCAACUACGCGCGGCCGCCGAGACUGAGCUUCUCAAGCAGUCACCCAUAAUCGAUGUAGAGGCGACAUACCGAGAUUGCGACAAAGCUUUCGAAGCACUCUCCGAGCUAUUAGGAGACGACGAAUUCUUCUUCGGCGAGGAAGUGCCUGGAUUGUUCGAUGCGUGUGUCUUUGCUUACACACAUGUUGUGCUCGAUGAGGAUCUGGACUGGAAGCACACAAGGUUGAGGGAGGGUCUGGAGCAAUACGGUAACCUCGUGGAGCAUCAGAAAAGCAUUGUAGAGGGCUGGUUCGGGGACAACGCUUCAGGAAGGAGUCGAAGUCACAAGAAGGCUUGA